GUUGAAGUUUCAUGUUAUCUUGUACUUAUGGUUGUAAACAUUCGAUUUACACAAUUUAUAAGUUAAUUAUUAGUUGAUCUUUGAGCUUGUUCGUUAUUUAACGAAGUUACUUGUUUUAAAUAUGACUGUACUAAGUCCUUUCGUGUAUUGGGCACAAAACGAUAAAAACAUAUUCCUUAAAGUCGAUUUAAAAGACGUAAAAGCGCCGGAGAUAAUUUUGGAAACCAGAAAAUUGCAUUUUCAAACGGAAGGUGUCGGCGCCCAGGGCUUGAGAAAAUACGAAUUUUCCAUCGAUUUUCAUAAGGAUUUAGACCAACAUACCAAAAGUACAAAAAUAACCGAUCACAAAGUGGAUAUAAUGUUCCUCAAAGCCGAACCGGGCUGGUGGCCGAGACUCACAGCCCAACCGCAGAAACCGGCCUGGCUGAAAGUAGACUUCGAUAAAUGGCAGUCCGAAGAAGACGUCGAAGACGAAAAACGCGACAUCAAAGAAGACUACCCGGAUUUGUACGAACAAUUACAAAAACAGGAAAUCGGGUACAAAAAAGAGGACAUCAAGAAAGUCUACCUAACCUUCUACAACCUGUUUAUGUACGUGGGAUUCAUGUACAUCGCAGCCAUUCUAUGUUUGCGGUACGCCCGCGAAGGCGACGACUUUUUCCCCAAAGUCUACGAAAGCGUGGGGCCCGCCAUGUGCUUCAUGCAGCUCCUGCAGGGCCUCGAAAUCCUGCACCCCAUGUUCGGCUACGUCAAAGGCGGCGUGCUGAUGCCCUUUCUGCAAAUCAUCGGCAGAUUAUUCGUGCUGAUCGUAAAUUUAGACAACGAGCCCAGAAUACAAGUCAUGCCCCUCACGUUUUACCUAUUCCUCACUUGGACUGCCAUAGAAAUAAUCAGGUAUCCUUAUUACAUGUCGCAGUUGUAUAAGAAGGAGAAUAAGAUCCUUACGUGGAUCAGGUACACGGCUUGGAUAGUCCUUUAUCCGAUCGGUUUCACCUGCGAAACGGUUAUAUUAUUCAGGAAUUUAAUAUUCGUGGAGCAAAGCGGAAAGUGGUCCUUUCCUCUGCCGAAUUCCCUCAAUUUCGCGUUCCAUUAUGCCACCUUCCUAAGGAUUUAUUUGCUCUUCUUCACCAUACCCGGCAUGUACACGUUGAUGACGCACAUGCGCAAAGCGAGGCAGCAGAAACUCGGAAAUAAAAUUAAGAAGUAUUUGUAAAUUUGUAGGGGUGUUUGGGAGCCAUUUGUUUCAAGUCCUAGUCCUUUUUUUAUAGGUGUUAUAAUCAGUGGUGUAAAGUGGUUAAGUUAGAUUGUAAGAACUGUGAUAAACGAUUUAUUUAAGGCUCUUUUUGGUUGAAUAAAUAGUGCGUAUAAUG